GGUGGGGCGCCCCAGGCUGGUUCCAGGGACAUGUCACCACAGGGCUGUUCUCUCUCUUUUCUCUAGGGGGAGACCACAGAACCCGAGGCCAUGCCCCAUGAGAAGAGUUUCUUGGUGUCUGGGGACAGCUAUCCUCCCCCCAACCCUGGAUAUCCUGGAGGGCCCCCACCGUCCAUACCUCCGUAUCCUGGGGCCCCUUACCCACAGCCCCCAUUCCAGCCUUCCCCCUAUGGCCAGCCAGGGUAUCCCCAGGGCCCCAGCUCCUACCCCCAAGGGGGCUAUCCUCAAAGCCCCUACCCCCAAGGGGGCUAUCCUCAGGGGCCCUAUCCCCAAGGGGGCUACCCUCAGGACCCCUACUCCCAAGGGGGCUACCCUCAGGCACCAUAUCCGCAGAGUCCCUUUCCCCCCAACCCCUACGGACAACCGCAGGCCUUCCCAGUACAGGACCCUGACUCAUCUCAGCAUGGGAACUAUCACGAGGAGGGACCCCCAUCCUACUACGACAAUCAGGACUUCCCUGCCACCAACUGGGAUGACAAGAGUAUCCGCCAGGCCUUCAUCCGGAAGGUGUUCCUGGUGCUGACCCUGCAGCUGUCUGUGACUCUCUCCACCGUGGCCGUGUUCACUUUCGUCCGGGAGGUGAAGGGCUUCGUCCGGCACAAUGUCUGGACCUACUACGUCUCCUACGCCGUCUUCUUCAUCUCCCUCAUCGUCCUCAGCUGCUGUGGGGACUUCCGGCGAAAGCAUCCCUGGAACCUCGUUGCACUGUCGAUCCUGACCAUCAGCCUGUCCUACAUGGUGGGCAUGAUCGCCAGCUUCUACGACACCGAGGCAGUCAUCAUGGCCGUAGGCAUUACCACGACCGUCUGCUUCACAGUGGUCAUCUUCUCCAUGCAGACCCGCUACGACUUUACCUCGUGCAUGGGCGUGCUCCUGGUGAGCAUGGUGGUACUGAUCAUCUUCGCCAUCCUCUGCAUCUUCAUUCGGAACCGCAUCCUGGAGAUCGUGUACGCCUCGCUCGGUGCUCUGCUCUUCACCUGUUUCCUGGCAGUGGACACCCAGCUGCUGCUGGGGAACAAGCAGCUGUCCCUGAGCCCGGAGGAAUAUGUGUUUGCUGCGCUGAACCUGUACACGGACAUCAUCAACAUCUUCCUGUACAUCCUCACCAUCAUCGGCCGCGCCAAGGAGUAGCCCGAGCCCCUGCCGAGGACCAGGCAGUUCAUGCAGGGCCCCGCUCAGGUGGCGUGGCUGGUCUGGAUCCUGCGCUUGGCGUGGCAGUGCCAUCUGUACCUCCCCUCUCUCGUCCCUGGGCACAGCCUGGGACAGAGGGAGCCCCCCUCCAACCCUCCUGUGUGUGUACACUGCAGAUAACUUCUGUUUGGACCUGCUGUGGCCAGCAUGGCCCCUUCUAACUCUCCCGCCCCACCAAAGGGCAGCGGGGCCGGGUUUUCAUGCCAUCUCCUGCCCACUCACUGUUGCAUGAGCCCUGUCUACCAGCCCACCCCAGGGUCUAGGGGGCAACACCAGGUCCCAGGGGAGAGAGAUCGAGCCAAGAGGUGAGGGUGCACGUCUCCUGUCCCAACUCCCCUGCCUGGCAUAGAGUAUCUCCUUCCCCUCCUCACCCCUACCCCAGAGCACUGCCCUCUGGGGGGCCUGAGGGGUGAGGGUCUCGUCCCUGUGCUGAGCCCUGAGGGCAGAGAGGAUGGGAAUAUUUCGGGGGAGGAGGAUGCCUUCCUCUCAUUUUGCUGUCUUUAAAAUUCCAAUAAAGGGGAUCUUCUGCUCUCUGCGUU